AUGCCUCUGAACGCAGGAGACACCGGCUACGGCAGCGUGCCAGGCCCCGGGCUGCCGGGCGCCGCGGGCAGCUCGGAGGAGGCUCCGCUGCUCAUCCCGGAGACGGAGCCGGAGCGCGGCCGGCAGUGGGAGCCCAUGAGUCGGCAGGAGCUGGAGGUGGCCGCCGGUGGUCCGGGGUGGAGGAAGGUGCGGUGCUACCUGGUGCUGCUGUUCUGGUUGUCCUGGGUGUCCAUGCUCGCCAUCUCCGUCGCCAUCAUCACCAUGAGCCCCCGGCCGGUGGCGACUCCGCUCCGCUGGUGGCAGAAGUCCCUGUUCUACCAGCUGCAGCCGGAGGUGCUGCUGGAGGCCCGGGGGUCAGAGGGCAUCAUUACAACAUUGAACUCUGCAAAAUUAUUAACUCUGUUGGAUGUGUCUGAAGCUGUGUGCGAGCAGCUUCCCUUCCUCAGGUCUUUGGGUGUCGGAGCUCUAAUCCUGGAGGGUCUGUUUAAAAAGGAAGCAUCUCCUUUAAACCUCACUGCCGUCGGCAAAAACUCGGGUAUGGUGGCUCAGAUCCAACAUCUGCUCACAGAGAGCAACAAAGCAGAUCUCAAAGUGGUGUUAGACUUCUGUGAGCCGGAUCUGUCGGGACAUCAGGAUGCAGGGAACACAGACGAGUCACCAAACCUCUCACAUGCACUCCGGUUCUGGUUGGAGCAAGGGGUCGCCGGUUUUGCAAUCUGUGACACUGAUGCAGCCUAUUCAGAAAAGACUCUGCUGGAGGUGAGAGGAGUCUUCAAGGAGUUCAGCACUGAGGAGGAGGAAAGGAUUGUGGUGGUAAAACAGACGACAGAUGUUCUUCGUCCACUGAACAACUCCAGCCAGAUCAACGCCACGAUGGUGGAUGUGGUCAUGAGGUCCAUUCUGCCGUAUUCUCAUCGCCUCCUGUCCACUCAGGAGGUGGCUGACGCGAUAGAGAGACACUUGCAAACACGAGAAGAACAUGUGUGGCCCAGCUGGACGGUUGGAGGUAAAACAUCUCAUGACUUGAAGAAUCUACUGAUGGUAUUGAUGAUGACUCUGCCUGGAUCGCCUGCGGUCCAAUAUGACGAGGAGAUCGACCAAACGCAGGACAAGGAGAAGGCGAAAGCUCUCUUCACCUCCCUGAGCCGCUCCAGAUUCAGAGAAGAAGCUCUCCUUUAUGGCAGCUUCACCUUCCUCCCCUUCAACACCUCGUCCUCGAACUCCACUGUUUCCUCUCCGUCGUCCCCCCCGGUCCUGGCCUUCCUGCGCUCCUGGGGUUGCGUCCAUUUCCUCAUUCUGCUCAACGUCGGGCCUGAGGUUCAAGCUCUGGAUCCUGACUGGGCCCGGAGUCUGCCUCAAGCCGGAGUGUUCGUGACCAGCACAGGGAUGGACCGAAUGGGCUCCACGUCUCUGUACACGCUCCAACUGCAACCGCACGAAGCCAUCGUCAUCAAACUGUUCAAGGAAGGAAACUACUCGUAG